AUGGGCGUCACCGGCUCCGGCAAAAGCUCAUUCAUCUCGCUCUGCUCGGGGAAGGUCGUUAAAAUCGGACAUCACCUUGGCGCAUGUACAUCAACUGUCGACGUCUACGCAUAUGAAAUCUCCCCUAGGCAGACCGUCUACCUCAUCGACACCCCCGGGUUUGACGACACCAACCGCAGCGACACGGCCAUCCUCCGCGAAAUCGCGAGCUGGCUAGGUGAUUCAUACAGGAAUAACAUUUUGCUGAACGGAAUAAUAUAUCUUCACCGAAUCACUGACAUCCGCAUGCAGGGGUCCGCGAAGAAGAACUUGAUCAUGUUCAAGCAGCUCUGCGGACAAGAUGCACUGAAGAAGGUCAUCCUCGUCACGACUAUGUGGGAUAAAGUCCCCACCAACGAGGCGGAAGCUCGUGAAAAGGAACUGAUCGAUACACCCGAGUUCUGGGGGUGGAUGGUGAGCAAGGGCAGUUCGUGCCAUCGGCAUCACAACACGGAAUCGUCAGCCAGAAAUAUCGUUAGUAAAUUAGCAGCCCACAAGACACCCAUUGCGACAGACCUACAGAGACAAUUAGUCGACGAGCACAAGUCUCUCGACCAGACCUCUGCAGGUCGGGAACUGCAAAGCGAAAUGCUCAAGGAGAAAGAAAAGUGGGCCCGAGAACGGAAGGAGAUUGAAGAGCAGAUGAAGGCUGCUAUAAAACAGCGAGAUCGGGAAGCUGAAGAAAUGAUGCGUGAGGAGCGAGAUCGGUAUACAAAGAUGAUCAAGAAGGUGGAGAGUGAUACGGGGGCUCUGAGGUCUACUAUGAAUAACCUGUUAGCGGAGCGAGAUAAGCGUGUUGAGAGGAUGGAACAGCAGAUGAGGGAGCAGCAAGCCGCCCAUGAAGCAGAGCUCAAAAAGAUAUCCGAGCGACAGAAGAGGGUCGAGAAGGAGAAAGCUGAGCUGGAAAAGCAGCAAAGACGAAGAGAAAAGGAAGAGGAGAAACGGAGACAGCGGGAACGGGAGAAGCUCGAUGAGCAGAGACGACGACGUGAAGACCAGGAAGAGAAGGAAGAGCAGCAAAGACGGAGCCAGGCUCUGACUCAAGCUCCAAAGACAUCCACCUACUCAGGCUCGACCAAGUUUGCGCCUUACUCGGUCACAAUCACCAGCGGAAAGUACUUCUGUGUCAGCCAGAAGCAUUUCUGCAGUAAUGACGACAAUCCUGCGCAAAAGGAAGGAUCCUCAUGGAUCAGAGCUGUCAGUCUGGGCGAUCAUUGUCGCACUGGUGGUAGGCACUGGAUUGCAGGUUAUUCGGAUGGGAGGUGGUGUAUGGACCCUUGA